ACAAGCCAUUCAUAUUCAUUUCUAAGAGAAACACACACAAACACAACCAGAUAGCUAGCUUUGAUUUGGAGAGAGUUAUGGCUUCUGAUAAGGUGGUGGAGACAGUGAUGGUGGGGAAUUAUGUGGAGAUGGAGACUGAAGGCAAGCCCCAGGAUGUGAAGACAAGGCUGUCCAAGUUCUUCUGGCAUGGUGGCUCUGUGUAUGAUGCCUGGUUUAGCUGUGCUUCAAACCAGGUGGCUCAGGUUCUGCUGACUUUGCCAUACUCAUUUUCCCAGCUGGGGAUGCUGUCUGGGAUUCUAUUCCAGCUGUUCUAUGGCUUGAUGGGAAGCUGGACAGCCUAUCUCAUCAGCAUCCUCUAUGUGGAAUACAGAACCAGAAAGGAAAGAGAGAAAGCUGAUUUCAGAAACCAUGUCAUUCAGUGGUUUGAAGUUCUUGAUGGGCUGCUUGGCAAACACUGGAGGAACGUGGGGUUGGCUUUCAACUGCACUUUUCUUCUGUUUGGAUCCGUGAUUCAACUCAUAGCUUGUGCCAGCAACAUAUAUUACAUAAAUGAUAAUCUGGACAAGAGGACAUGGACUUACAUCUUCGGAGCCUGCUGUGCCACCACAGUCUUUAUUCCUUCAUUCCAUAACUACAGAAUCUGGUCCUUCUUGGGCUUGAUCAUGACCACUUACACUGCCUGGUACCUCACUGUUGCAUCCCUCCUCCAUGGCCAGAUGGAAGGAGUGAAACACUCAGGUCCAUCCAAGCUGGUGCUAUACUUCACAGGGGCUACAAACAUUCUCUACACAUUCGGGGGACAUGCUGUGACUGUAGAGAUAAUGCAUGCAAUGUGGAAGCCACAGAAAUUCAAGGCCAUAUACCUGCUGGCUACCGUGUAUGUGCUGACACUGACACUCCCGUCCGCGGCAGCAGUCUAUUGGGCAUUUGGUGAUGCACUUCUCAGUCACUCCAACGCCUUUGCCCUCCUUCCCAGGUCACACUUCAGGGACAUGGCUGUCGUGCUGAUGCUCAUCCACCAGUUCAUCACCUUUGGAUUCGCAUGCACGCCUCUGUACUUCGUGUGGGAGAAAGCGAUAGGGAUGCACGAGUGCAAGAGCCUUUGCAAGCGUGCGGCGGCGAGAUUGCCUGUGGUCGUCCCCAUCUGGUUUCUUGCCAUCAUCUUCCCUUUCUUUGGGCCCAUCAACUCCACCGUCGGAUCUCUCCUUGUGAGUUUCACUGUCUAUAUCAUCCCCGCUCUGGCCCACAUCUUCACCUUCAAAUCAGCGGCUGCCCGUGAGAACGCAGUGGAGCAACCACCAAAGUUCUUGGGAAGAUGGGCUGGUGCCUAUACAAUCAACAUCUUUGUGGUGGUUUGGGUGUUUGUGGUUGGUUUUGGGUUUGGUGGGUGGGCCAGUAUGAUCAAUUUUGUACACCAGAUUGACACUUUUGGGCUCUUCACCAAGUGUUACCAGUGCCCACCAUCAUCACCACCGCAACACGUUCUCAACACCACCAGCGCCGCCGUCUCUCCACCGCCUCCUCUCCACCAUCUCCACCACCACUGAGCUCCUUUGGAAGCCAUGGUCAGUACACCACAUUUGGGGUGGAAUGCAGUGCAGUCAGUAGGUAUAUACUCAAAAAUCUAUUUUCCACCCCAUACACUCCUUUUAUAUCUGUGUCUCUUUUGAGAAGUUGUUUUUAGGUAGGGGGAGUGAGUCCUUGUACUGCUUUUCAGAAAGGAAAGAAAAGAGAAGGAUGUAGUAUUAUUGAGAUAUUUGAGAAAUUUGUACCUUAGCUAUGAUGCCAAAUGCUUAAAUGUUCCCACAUAAUGGAUUUUUCACUUUCUCUGACUUGUGUUAAA